AUGGGAAACACGGAAGGUAUUCCAAUAAACAAAAUGACAAGCAGUGUUAAAACCAGCAGCAAGGUAUUUGGUAAAGACGAGAGAAAGCUUUCGUGUGAACGCGAAAAAAACCCUGCUUGCGUUGAAGACGAAGUUGAAACAGUUGGCAAUCUUACCGAAACAAUGGCUGCGGAUAACAGUACUCUCACAGAUACGGAGAAGGUAAAGCCGUCAAUUCCAAAUCCCACAAGCAAUAAUAACAGGUAGGUGAUUUUUUCUUUGAAAUUAUAGUUUUUUUUGUUGUUUAGUUCAAGGCCAUUCAAAUUAGGCGAAGGUCAUGACAUUGUUAUAAUUUUGUUUUCGGAGUAUAGUGUCUUUUCAGGUUGCAGUUGGUAGGAAAUAGUAGCAAGCAUCUUUUCUUCUCGCAAAUUUCUCCUUUUCAAUAUUUUUUUGAUAACUAAAGAAAUCAAGGCUCAGUAUAAAAAGAAGUUCAAAGUUCGUGUUUUUGGCCAUGGAGGCCAUUUCGUCUGGCUUGCAGACAGACUUGUCACGCGCUCACAGGCCGGCGGCGGCGGUGGGAGUUGUGACAGGUUGUUAAAACAAGUACUCAUCAUUCUUUACACGUAACAUGCACCUGUGUGGCAUUAUUAUAACUUUUUCUUAUUAGCUCAUUCUUUAGUGUUAAAUCUUAAUUACACAGUUAAAUACAGAAAUACACUAGUGGUCAGCCCAUUGGUAGAAGAAAUAGAAAAUCUCCAAAAUUGUUCCAUUGCGUGUCAUUAGCUCGUAAGGGCAGUCGAGACAUGCAUAUUAAUAUUUAUUUUUGCAUUUCGAUGAAUUCGGCAGACGUAAACACAGUUACCAGAGCGAUUAAGCAUUACGUACUAUCAAUUGUAUUUUUUCCGCUUUCGACUUUCCUUAUGGAAAAUUUUUAUGAGUAUACUAUCGUUUGAGUUUUUUUUUGGCGAUAUAUAUUCAGAUACUAGCGGCUUCGACUUCUAUUACCAGUUGCCAGCUAUCUUCUCACGAAAUUUAAAUACUCUGUCCUUAAAUAAAGUGUCUUUCUAUCUGUCUUUCUUGAAAGUUUUUUUUUUAAGUGUACCUGUAAGAAUGAAAUAUGACCUUUUCUGCUCCUUAUUUGACAGUUUUAAUCCCAUAUGUUGCCGACGUCUGCCUUGAAUUCCCAAUUUAGCUUUUUAUUAGAAGGAAAAUACGCCGCAGAUAUAGUUCAAAAGUGAGAACAUGUGAAACUGCUGAACUCAUGCGGCAAUGCAAGUUUUAAGCCACGUUGCUGGUGGCCAGGCCACAGCUGACAAGAUCAGAAAUCAGUGACACGGCAUCCGGUCUACACACAGCGCGCCUUACGAAUACAUGACCGGUUAAAACCGUUCAAUAGCCAGUCCGUGUGGAAAGGAAAAACAACAACAAAAAUGGAAAGUGAAAAGCUAGAGAGUGGUUAUUUCAGAUUGUAUAAAAACUUCAUUUAAUAUGAAUUGAACUAAUGCUUGACGGAUAUUGAGGUACAGUUUUUCAUUUAACAUGAUUUAAAAAAUGUAUGUAUUUUGGGUUAUUUCGUAGUCGUACACAGUUUCCGGUUUUGACUAGUACAUAUUUGAGGAGUGUUAGUCAUCGCAAAAUAUAACGUUUUGACGAAGUACAUAAUGACUGUAAUUAAAAACCUUGUAACACCAUGCAAGAGGGGAUAAAGCUCAGAGAAUUACUCCCUCAUAUAGGCCCUUUCCCCGUCGUAAUCCCUGUAAGUUACUUUUGGAUCGUAUUGGUUUUCCUCCAGAGGAUGAUAUUUUCUCGCGUGUUGCGUGGAAGUUUCGUUGAGGAGCGAAAGUGCAAAAACAUGUCGGGAGUGCGAGAGUUUUGUUGAAUGGGAAACAAGAGAGGAUAAAGAGGAUUUAUCCUCUCUUAAUGCUAAAUGAGAAUAGUUUUUAAGAAUUUUUUCUUCUUUAUUUAAGCAUGUAUCAAUCGCCAUUUCGCAUCGAGAAAAAGAAAAUCGUCUGAAGAUUCACAAAGGAAAUUAAGUUUGUAAUGUGGUGUUGACAGGCGAGACAUGAAUCAAAAGAGUAUGGUUUAAAACAUCAACGGUCUUCCUUCUUUUCUUUCUUGCACGUAGGUUGUGCAUUGCAUGAAGAAUUCUAAUUUUUUACUGAGCAAAUCAAAUUUUGGCCGCUCUGAUUCUCAGUGGAGUCGUACAUUGGCAUAGAGAGGUCAGAGGCUGGUCCGUUGAAUUGAGUAUUUUGUUAUUGUAAGCAGCGACCAUUCCAGAAAAUACCAUAACAUACCACAUUGCAGUUUGUCUUGGGAGUUUAAACGACCCCAAGAGAAACUGAAAACAAUGCUUAUGCAAAAUUUUCGGGUGACAAACAAAGAGCAUUAUGGUAUGUUAUGGUAUUUUCUUGAGUGGCCAAUUGCGAGGGGCUUCGCCCAGCUGUCGACAUUGGCAAAGUCAAAAGGACAUGUGAUUGGCUAUCACUCAACCCUCUUGGGAACAACGGGUAUAGGGCCUAUAGAAAAAUAUGAAACGGCAAACUGAUCGUUACGGCAAGGUGAUGAAGAAGGAAACAAAAGAAUAAAACAAAAAAUAUAUAGUUUGUUUUAUUCUUUUGUUUCCUUCUUCCUCGCCUUACCGUAAGGAUCAGUUUGCCGUUUCAUAUUUUUCUACAAGUUUUUAAUUAAUUGUACUGAUCCAGGUCUACAACUGGGAGGUCCAGCACCACUCAUUGGUUUGUUGUUGUGGACUUGCUGACAUUUUAUAUAUAAUCGGGCCUAUAUGGGGGAUUGUAAUGUAAUGUAAUUUAUUUACCCACGAAGCACCUAAGAGCUUAAGAGCUCGUUUUUCAGUGUCCGUGCGUUCCGGAUCGACUUGGAAUUUGGAAGUGUUGGUUUUAGGGGAGAUGGGAAAACUGGAGUACCCGGAGAAAAACCUUUCGGAGCAAGGCAGAGAACCAACAACAAACUCAACCCACAUAUCGAUACCGGGGUUUGAACCCCGGCCACAUUGGUGGAAGGCGAGCACUCUCACCACUGCGCCACCCUUGCUCCCCUCUUAUUAGUUCUCUGAGCCUUAUCCUGUCUUGCACCAUGACACUAGUUUUGAAACUCUUUACCUCGGGCAACUCUCCAGGGGAGAGGGGACGGGGUAAGGGAGUCCACUGGUUGCAAAUGUGUUGUUGUUGCCCUUUCUCCAGUCUCCUGCAAUUAUAGCUUUAACAACGAUUCAGUAUCGUUACUCGUAGACCCCAAUUAGCACUAGGGGAGUAAAAGGAAUGACUUUUAUCAGAUAUGCGUUUUGUAGAGAAGUAGUUUCAAAUAAUUUAAUAAUCAGCAGGUCAAGUGGAACCCCAGUUUUUUUCUUUUUCUGCACUCUGCCGUCUAAUUAAUCAAGAUUGAUAUCGUAUGGAAAAUAUCAAGAAUCAUUAUUCCAGGUGUCCCGAAAAGGAAGAGAGCCGCCGCCCUUAUUUAACAAACAUAAACCCUUCCUCUUUAAUCAAGUUUUAUGUCAUGUCAUUGAGAUUGCUUUUUCUCUACUAGCCAAACGUUUAAGCCUGCGUUAUGAAUAACAUAGAUGUCCUUUCUUCGCAUGACGGUUGAUUUUCUUUUUGACCCAAUUUUUUAGCUCACCAGAGGGUAACGUGCAACAGAUGAAGAUGUGGGAAGAAGUAGCUUCGAAAUAUCAAGACAUUCUCAACAGAGAGUACCGUAUGCUAAACUUACCUUCUUACUCGGCAAUGUCAGGAGGCAAUGUCUACCUAUACUACGUUCCAGUCAUAAUAAACCCACAAUUUGUGCCCCAGAAUUAUGGUGUUUACAGCCAAUAUCUUAACACACCAAAGACUGCCGGUGAAACAGGUUCCAAGAAAGAUAUGGUCCACUUCGAUGAUAAUGAUAACAUGAAUGAUAAUUGCAUCAAUACCGUAAAAGAAGAACCUCGUAUGCAUUACGACCAAAUCAUAGAAGAUACCGGGGACAGCAAAGGACGAUUUCGCACCGAAUACGUGUAUUGUAAAACAGAAAGCAAGCAGUAUAACAGCGUCAAGUCACGGCCUUGCUCAACAGAAACUACGGUGACGACAAAAGCAGAAAAAAACACGAACGCUCCGAACUCUUGUUGUGGUGGACAUGGAAAAGGCAUGAAAAAUGGAGGUGAACCCGAAAACACUUCUCAAAAUGGCAGAGGAGAAGAUGAACCCUUUAUUAACAACAUUGAUGACGGCGCGACUGAAGGCUAUAUUCGGAUUUUUAAAGGUUACACGAUAGAGUACCAUCCGCUAAAUAGGGGUAAGCUGCAGAGGUGUUACGUUUCCGAACUGGACAUUAAAAGAGCUGAGAAGAUACAAGAUCUUAAGGAACGUCUCGCUAAACAGGAAGAAGAACUGAAAAAACUCAAACUUCAACCGUCAGCAGAUGAUUUUUCUAAAGAAGGAAACGUUAACGGGUGUUUUCAGCAGAAAUUGAUGGAUAAUGGGAAAAUGAACGAUUUACAGGCUGAGAAACCUUGGAAAUUUCUCAAAGAAUUUCCUUCGACUGAAAUUCAUUAUUUUCCUUCAGGUGAACGAAAGACGUCUCCUCGAAGAAAACACGCAAGAAAACAAGCUGUACCACGUAGAAUUGAAGAAAUUCCGAACAUUAGAAAUGAAAAGGCAGUCCAUAUAAAUAGUGAGACCAAGUGCUCAGAGAGAGAGAAAAAAACAAAGUCCACCCCCUUUCUUCCUGUUUUGAAUGAAGAAAAAAAUUGUAAGGACAAAAAGGAUAAACGAGUUCUUCGCGAAGAAAAAUCCACUCAGAAGAAGGCAAAACCUUCCAAGAAAGCUAGGACUGGACGAAAACGCAGAAAGACACAGCAGGUUUCAGGCGAGACCAAAAAGAAACGAUCAAAAGUAACUUUGUGUAAAAAUACUCAAGACGAUGACAUUUGCAUAGAUGAAAACAUGUGUAAAGCUAGGAACCCUCAUGACGUAACACAGGACGAGUUUCUUUCAAUUUUUGGGUUACUCAGAGAGGGUGGGCAGUAG